CCCAGCUUUGCAGGGACGAGAACCUUCCAGCGAGCAGUACUGCGGCUACAGACGUCGUCCAAGCACAAGACCAUAGUUCCUGACGAGGUUCGUAACCGACAUCAGCAAGCAGGAGUGGACCUUCGACAAUGAGCUGGCUGCUAAUAAGGUCAGAGGAGGCCCAGCCUUUGCAACAGUCGAGCUUAAUCACGCCUCCUUCAAGCGACACAACAAGGGGUGAAGUCAACACGUUCGUGGCUUCCGUGUUCCUCAAGUCACCUCAUCUAGGCGCUGGUCGGGGACCACUUCCCGAGCACCCCGAAGCAGCAGUGCCCGCCGAGGCCCAGAUCCGCGCCGAAUGCUACAGCCGAGGUCCCGUACCAAUUCACCACGGCCGAGGAAUGUCGGGAAAUCUGUGGACAGCGCUCAGGGAGGAGACAAAAGGCAGACGGCAUACAAGGUGCCAGUCGUCGCACUCACACGUAGUGACACAAUCUUGAUUUUAAAGAAACAAAUAAAAAGAAAACACCCCCACAAAUUGUACUGGUAUAGAGGGUCCUUCAAUCACUGUGAUUUCAUUUAACAGUACAAAUAAAGA